CAUUAGUAACAAUAGAAGCUCUCAGGUAUACGUUUGGUCCAGCGGGUGGACGAUAGUUGCUUUAAUUUUUACAAAGCAACUAAGCAACACCAAUAUUGUUACUUGAGUACAUUCACACACACACCAUAAAAUACAAAAAAAAAAUUCACACACAUCUGCAUACAGACGAAAAAAGCAAAUUGCACGUUCGUUAACAAAUAAACAUAUUUAUAUAUGUAUACGUACGUAUGUUUCAAUACGCGUUCGCCCAAAAUUUAUUUGUGUGUAAUAUCGUACCCAAAUCUACAGCUAAAGAAAAACUAAGGAAAAUUAAUAAAUAAUCUGACGAAAUUCCUAACCACUUGUUCGGCAAAAAGUUUUUUAGAAAGUGUGAAAUCGGGCAGACUUUUUUAAUAUGAUUAAAAGGAAAAGUUAAAUUAAUGAUAAUAUUAAAAAUAACUGGAGAUAAUGUCGCACAGUGUGAAAGGCAAAAAAUUACAAAACAAUAUGAGAAGAGUGAAAUGUUUAUCAAGUUUGUCAGCUUAAGGCCAACUAUACAAGAACAACAUUGCUUGGUCAUUAUCUUUGAAAAUUAGUGAGAAAAAAUACAUACCAUUGCUAUUUUAAGAUUGUGGAAAACAGGAAAUAUAAUAUUAGGGACUAAUUUAUCUACUCCAAUUAAUUCUAAAUAUUCAGAACCAAGUAAACAUUGGAAGGUGGAAGUUGACAUCUGUGGGGCGAUACUGCUCACCCGAUAUUAUAUUCUACCCGAUACCCUGAAUAGCCCGGCAUAAAUUAACAUUGCUAUAACAUUGGCGUCAUAAUUUUCUCCACGUGGCACCAUCGCUGUCAGUGGGAACCAUGGAGGAUGAUCAGCAGUUUUGUCUCCGAUGGAAUAACCACCAGAGUACGCUGAUUAGUGUGUUUGACACAUUAUUAGAGAACCAAACUCUCGUCGACUGUACAUUAGCUGCGGAAGGGCAAUUCCUAAAAGCUCAUAAAGUGGUACUGUCUGCAUGCAGUCCAUUUUUUGCUGAUUUGCUUCAACAGCAGUAUGAUAAACAUCCGAUAUUCAUAUUGAAAGAUGUGAAAUACCAAGAAUUGCGUGCCAUGAUGGACUACAUGUACCGUGGAGAAGUGAAUAUUUCACAGGAUCAAUUGGCUGCAUUGUUAAAAACGGCGGAGUCGCUGCAAAUAAAAGGCCUGUCAGACAAUCGCAGUGGUAGCACGCCGAAAACAGAACAACAUCGUGGUUUAAAUGUACAUGGAAGUGGCAGUGGCGGUAAACUGAGCGUAUAUACACUCGAGCAGACGCAACCUAAACGUCCUCGCGUUGGGCCGUCUCCUAUGGAGACUACAGAUAUAUCAGGCUCUCGGGAGGGUUCUUCUAGUCCAUCUAGACGUCGAAAGAAAGCUAGACGCAAGAGUGCCGAAAAUGCUAUGUCUGCAGACGUUCAUGACAAUUCCAACUCAUCUCAAAUUAACCAAUCGUCACUUCAGCCACAUCAACAACAACCACAAGCCAAUGCAAGUCUAACUGGGGUUGGAGCCAUAACGGCAGCCACGUCUUCACUUCCAGUCUCAGCAUCCGCAUUAUCGACCGGUACAAGUGGUGUUUUAGCAGCAACUGGUUCAAUAGUUAGCACACAAGGAACUACUCAGCAAAUGACCACAAACAUUACCAAAAAGACUGAAAGCGUUAAAGGAGCAAGCGAUGCCAUGCAUACAGAAAAUAUACAGGCUGUGGGUGUGGUUGGUACCGGGGACGAACAAAACGUAGAGCAUGUUAAGGGUGAAAAAUCUAAUCAUAAACAAAAGCCGUCGACAGCCGGAGUUACUGGUAAAGAAACUGCCGAUUUGGUAAUCGAACCGAAAAGUGAAUAUGAAGAAGAAGGCAAUGAGGAAACUGUUGAAGAUCUGACUCUAGACGACGAGGAAAUGGGUAUAGAGGAUUUAGAUCAUAAUGCCGGUACAAGCCAAGCCGGCGAAGGAUCUAGUCAAGGGUAUGCACCGUGGCAACAUGACAGAUCUCAGGACGAGUUAUUAUUGGCGCCACAAGAGACACAGCAACGGGAUCCACAAGAUUUGAGCCGAAAACUGUCCCAGUUGCACAAGGAAAACACCUCGCCACAGGGAGUUAUAAUACAAAAGACAUGCCAGCGAUCUAUUCUCAAUACACACGCCGUCAAGCGGCUGAACACUCGCAACGCUUCAACGCCAAUAACAGCACCACCAGAAUCUUCGUCUGUGUUGGCGUCAGUUCUGGUGCCACAUCCGCGCACCGACCUAACCUCAAAGCGGAGUGUAAAUCGCAAAAACAUGUCCAUGUCGGAUGUUUCCGAUAUGCUUAUUCAGUUACGUAAAGCUAAUGUAGCAAAUGCACCAAAGAAUCAACAGGCAGUUGCCAGUAAGAAUAGACAAACUUCUCCGUCUCCUGCUGAGAGUUAUGAGUCAAGCAUCGCGGCCAUUGCUACCAAAUGCGUCGCUACAGUUACUGAGUCAAAAAACUUGCGAAGUGAUGAAAUGGUGGCAAUCCCAAUAGAACAGGAAAGGCCGACUAUUGCACCUAAGUCAAUUGGCGAGGGUGCAACUGCCGCCGAAAAUGCAUCAUUUCAUCAACCCACUGAAUAUACAAGCGUAAAUAAAAGUACUGACGCGGGCAAGAGUUUGAUGGACAAUAUCAAAGCAUUACCAACACUUAGGUCGAUCCCUACACCUGUAGUGGUUGCACCAAACUCCUCACAAAUUGACGUUAAACCACUUAUACAUCCCUCAACUGGUUUAGUAAUUCCUACAAGGCCCAGCCCAGAUAUCAGUAUAGGUUCUUCAGUAAUUAAGGAGGUUGCUAAGAUUGUCAAUGCCCCUGUUCCGUCUUUAAUAUCAUUGAGUACGGCUAUUGACAAUACAAAGCUUAUUCCUGGCCAAAAUAAUAUCGCUACUGCAGGUGUAAUUUCAUCCAAUGUCGAUGUCUUGCCGCACGCGGCAGCCAUUGCCGCGGCCUUCUUACGCGAUGGAUACAAUAAUUUUCAACAACAACUACGCACACAAGAAUUAUUAAAGGUAAAGGAACAUUCAGACAACGAUAGCGUCAAUGCAAGCGACAUCAAUACGGCAGCAAACACUUAUUCGUCAAAACUACUGGAAAACUUUUUGCGGCAACGACGCUUUAAAUCCGAAAGUGCACUAGAUAAUACCGCUGAUGUGGAUGCAACCGAUGGUGAUGACGAAGAUAACGGUUUCGAUGAUAUACAUUUAGUUGAAAACUCAAAAGCCAAUUACAAUUGUUCCGCAUCAAACAUUUUUAAUCCCAAUGGCGCAUCUUCCUCCUCGCCGAGAAUGAUUGCAUCGAAUACGGAUUACAUGUCCGACGACUCGCAAAAAUUCUUAUUUGCAGCACAAGCACAAGCUUUACGCAAUUUAGAGUAUUCACUUAGUGACGCAAGUCACAACUCUUUUGGGAUGCUAGCCAAUGAUACCAAUAGUCCAAGUAAUGCCAAUGAAGGCCCAGAGGCUAUUUACGAGUGCCGCCAUUGCAGUAAAAAAUACCGCUGGAAGUCUACACUUCGUCGCCAUGAGAAUGUCGAGUGUGGCGGCAAGGAACCCUCACAUCAAUGCCCAUAUUGCCCUUAUAAGUCGAAACAGCGUGGCAAUUUGGGUGUACACGUUCGAAAGCAUCAUUCAGACAUGCCGCAAUUGGCUAGUAAACGACGCUCGAAAUACUCAAAUAAAAUAGAUUGUAGCAAUAACAGUGCAAAUGCUUCCGAUGACUCUUCCAGUAAAUUAGUAAUUGAUUGCUCCAAAUAAUUGACACAACUGGCUUAUCAGUCUAGUUCGAAAUUACUUACAAACGAGAUUAAAUACAUACUUGCAAACGCGUUUUCGUAGCAAUUUGUUUAAAUUUUACUUCUGAAUACGUAUAAUGCAUUUUUAAUCAAGUAUAUUUUUUUUCUAUAUAAUUAUAACCCUUUACAUUUAAAUCGACUGAACUGAUAUUAUAUACAUACUUACACACAUAUAUAUUGUAUUUAUAAUUACAUUAUCAUAUGCAAUGAGAACCAAUUCGACUCUAAAUGAGGUUUAUGUCUUUAGACGUUAUCCUUUUUAUGUUGCUGCGAACUUAGUGGAAGGGUUUUAGUUUGGCCGUAAUUAUAUGCCGAUAAUAACUCUGUGCCUUUACUUUAAGUUUUCUUUACGUCCAUAUCAAAAUAAUAUUCACAUUGCCAACAUAAUAGAUAUUAAGAAAAAUUACCGUUAAGAAAAGAUCACAAAAAAUUGAAUUUGCAUUUGAAAAGUCAUAAUGGGUAUAGAAUCCAUCAAAUGAUUUAUGAGAUGAUUACUGAAUAGGCUGAAGCGUUAUUCUCGGUUGAAAAUAAUAUAUGUAGUAGCAUAAUUAAUUAAUUUUAAGGACAUAACGUCAAGAUAUUGUGUAAAGACUGGUUAAUUUACUGUUGUAGUUUUUUAUUACCAAGUGGGAAAAAUUUAAUUGAGUUGAUUAUUAUCUUGUUUAUGUUAAAGCCCACGGCACAGAGUAGUCACUGUGCUUUAAAAAACAAUCACACAGAGAGUGAACACACAAAUGGCUCACUGUAGCUGGAAAACCAAAACAAAGUUAAAUUUACUUAAAUAAUUACAAUUCAAUAUGAAUAAAGAAAAUACUUUUCCGGUCGACUCUAUAUUUGGAUCUGGCUUCUGAAUGCCAAAUUUACGUUACUAAUAGAGGAAAUUAUUAUUUUUUUAUCAAAGUUUACUUUUAGAAACCAGAGAAAUUUUUUUGGUUUCAGACUGUACUUGUAAAAUAGAACACACAAAUUUAUAUAUUUGUAUUAAAGUGUAACCAAAAUGUAUUUCACAAAGUGUGAUAGAAUUUGACAGUGCUCUCAUAAGAAAUAUACUAUAAUGUCAAAUUAAAAAAAAAAAUGUUAAUCCCUAUCAAGAGAGCCGCACUGAUUUGUCAAUUAUAUUUUGGAUAUAACAGGCAACAAACGAACACCAUGCAGGUUUUAUGCUACAUACGAAGAGUGAAGUAAAUUUAUUUAAAAUAUUUAAUAUAGUAGUAACCAAAGCCGAACACUUCCAAUGAUCGGGAAAGCAAUCUCAAUCAAAAAUAAAGAUAAGAAAAACUGUGUAUCAUAAGUGUAAUUUUUGAAAUUUUUUCUAAAGAAAGGCUGAGUGAGAGCACGUAUUAGACAAUAUUUGUAUUUGAUGUUUAUUUUAUAUAAAUUUGAAGAUUGCCGAUUUAGGCUUCAGCGACGAUAAAUUUAAGAUUUAAAUUCCAAAUUAUAUGUAUUAGAAAUAUAUGUACAUAUGUGCUUAUGCACUAUGGACGUAUGCAAUACAAUCAUUUAAUCAUGAGUGAUCUCUAAGAAAAAUUUUGACUGAGUUUAUUAUUUGUAAUCAACAAAGACUGAAAGAGCCUCUAUACGGCACAAAAAAUCGUACAUUUAAAUAUGAAUAUAAACACAUACACACAAACAUAUAUUUUAUUGUAUCCACGAAAAGUUUAACAUAUACAUUUAUGUAAGCGCUAUGUAUUAUGUGAGAAAAAUCAUCACAUAAGUUUUUUAAAAAAAAUAUGAUCAAAAAUGUAACCAAAUAUGUAAAGGUCGUUUAGUUAAUAUACCGCAAAUAAAUAUAUGCAUGCUUAAACCACAAACGCAUUCUUAUGUAGAUA